CGUGCAUUUACGAACGCCGCGUGACUUUGUUUAUUUGCGGCAUCUGCGAACGCCGGGUUUGCUCAGCUGAUGACGAUGCAAGACUAACGUUUCAGGAACUCACGGGAAAAUGACGUCUUCCACUCAACCUAAUAUGCAAGAUGAGAUGUUAUUGGUAGAGCGAGUCUUUCUUCGGAUUGGCUCAGCAGCAACUGAUGAUGUCCUUGAGGAAGAGUUACGCAAGUUCCUGGCUCCUGUUAUCCAGAAACUGGCAUCCCCACACGAUCCUGUUCGGAAAAAGGUUAUGGAAUUGUUAAUCCAUGUGAAUCGCCGGGUUAAAGAUCAUGAGUCUAUCCAGCUUCCUGUUGAGGCUCUGCUUGCCCAAUACCAGGAUCCAAGUGCUACAGCAUUUGUUACAAACUUCUCAAUCAUCUACAUCAGAAUGGGAUAUCCACGGUUGGAUCUGAAUAAGCAGGUGGAGCUUUUACCUCUGAUGCUCAACAGCUUGGAGGGAAAACCUCAGCAACAUCAAGACAGCCUAUUACUUCUGAUGGUACCAGUGUUUGGUCACAUGAAAAUCCCUGAUUCAGCCGAGAAGACAGCUUCAUUGCUUGGCUUGAGAGAACGUCCAGGAAUAACAAAACUCCUUCUGGAUUUCAUGUUGGAUGUUCUGCUUCUACCAUAUGGUGUUACUCCACUAUCACAGCAAAGACCAGCUGAUACACCACAAGAUAAUUCAGAAGGCCCCCCUGUGCCAGGAGUACCAGCUGGCAUGAGCAUCAGUAGUUUUAAACGUGUUAUGGGAGAGACACCUCCAAAGGCAGAAGAUCUGGAGAAGCUGAAAGUGUCAAUUAUAAAAUUCUUAAGUUCAGAUGUAUUACUUCCAUCAUCUGUUGUUCUUCAGCUGAUUGUUGGUGCUGCAGAUACUAGAUUUUCAGUGGCAAAUGCUGCUGAUUUACAGCUGAGAAGAAUAGAAAGCAGUGUUGAGUGGAACAGCAGUGCAGUUAUUGCACCUCUGUAUGUAUUGUUUCUUGGUACCUUAAUGCCAAAGGAUCGUACACCACCAGACAAAUUCAAGAAUCCAGCAAAUACCAGAAUUCGAUUAAAGCUUAUGCCAUACUUUUUGAAAUCAAAGGAGGCUUGCAAUUAUGCUCCUCUUGCUUUAAAAGUAUUUUUUGAAUGUCUGUGGGGCCAGAAUUCAAAUGUAAAGCUUAAGCAACAAGGAGUAAGCUUCCUACAUCACAUGGCUUUCAAUGCUGAUCAAGAAAAAUUGGCUCCAGUGGGAAGUGUCUUGUUUGGCGGAGUUGUCAAGGUCAUUGAAGAAGAGAAGUCUGACCCUAAGUUGAGAUCAUUAGCAUAUGGAGCCUUAGCAAAACUUUCAGUAAAGCUUCCCAGUCUCCUUUUAUCUCACCCUUCACAACUUCAUUAUCUUCAAACUCUGAUGAAUGCACUUACCCAAGAGGAAGGGGAUGUAUUAUUAGCUGUUCAAGAGGCUCUUUCUAUGGUAGCUCCUGUAUGCAAACAACUGAAUACAUCGAGUCAAGAUCAGCUAUGUAUCCUGCUGUCAGAACAUGUCCUGCACCACAAUGCACAGUUGAGACGCACCGCAGUUCAUUAUGCAGCUUCAGUGUUUCCCCAUGAUCACGUCCCAUCAAGAUUCAUUCUUAUGGUGGCCACAGGAGAUAGCCAUGAUGAUAUACGGUUAGAAGCCCGCCGACAGCUGUAUAAACCACUGCAGCAGUCUAAGGAUGGAACUCCUACAUAUCAAGUCCCACCCUUCACUUAUGUGAUUAGUUAUGUUCUGGAGCGUGUCGAUGCUUUGCCAAGGAGCAAGUGGAUGGAUGUAGCAAAUCAACCAGUUCCAUUUUCUUUACCAAUCAUGGAACAGAUGUUGAACUACCUAGAACACUGCUUAGCUGUUGAAGCUGGUAGUGAAACCGGUCGUGGAGAAGGCCUGUUCUGGCCUGAUCCCCCAGCUGUAGGGAAACUUUUGCAGAAGAUAAUCGAUGUACAUAAUCAGAAAAUUGCAACUGGUCGCAUUGAAAAAGAUAUUGUGUUGGAGGAUUGGCCUGCAUAUGAAUCAAUUGUCCAUGACUUGGUAAAGCAGUUGUUAACUGAAAACAACCCACUGCAAAAUGCAAUUGUAUUAGCACUUGGGGAAUUGGCACGGCAAGGUCCCUUACCCCUUCCGGCUGGCUCAGAAGAGGAUGAACCUAAGACAGUAACAUCUCUUUCCUUGGUCAAAGCACUUGUUACGAUCUUUGGGAACAAGAAGAUACCCUCAAAGAUAAGGGAACAGUCUGUUGCCACUUGUGGUUACAUUUGUGUUGGUCAAGAAGAGUUUCCCCAUAAAAAGAAAAUUUUGGAAGCACUUCUAGCACUUGCCAAAGAGUUAUGUGAAAAUGGCAGAGAAACCAGCAGAGGAGGCAGAAGCCAUGGACACUACAGAAUCCAGUGAUGCCACAGUAGAUAUGUCACCAGAUCAAGAUUCAGACCCUGAUACACUUACUUGGCUCCUUGGUGAGCUUCUCGACAAAUAUGUAUCACAAACACAGCCCAGUGUCAGACAGGCAUCCUGUAUUUGGUUACUUGCCCUGCUCAAGAAAUGUAGAACGAAACCAAUCAUUCAGAAAAGACUGAUUAGGAUUCAGUCUGCCUUCAUGAAUCUUCUUGGAGAUAACAAUGAUCUGGUGCAAGAUGCAGCAUCUAAAGGUUUAGGUGUUGUAUAUGAAUGUUGUUCUGAAGCCACAAGACAAUCAAUGGUGCAAGGUCUUGUACAGACCCUGACUGAAGGGAAACGCACCAUCCAAAAUGUGACUCGCGAUACAAAGAUCUUCCAGGAUGGAGAACUGGGACGUGCUCCUUCAGGUGGGCAGCUGUCAACCUACCGGGAACUUUGCUCCCUAGCAACAGAUCUGAACCAGCCAGAUCUUAUCUACAAGUUCAUGAACCUUGCCAACCACAACUCGGUUUGGAAUUCAAAGAAGGGGGCGGCUUUUGGUUUCAGCACCCUGGCAUCCCAGGCUGGAACACAACUGGAGCCUUACCUUCCACAGAUUAUUCCAAAGCUCUAUAGAUACCAACAUGAUCCAACACCAAAGAUACAGCAGCCUAUGGCAGCCAUUUGGAAUGCUCUGGUUACUGAUACUGCAAAGACAAUAGAGAAAUAUUUUGACCCCAUCCUCUGUGAUUUGAUCAACAACUUGACUCACAGUACAUGGAGAGUCAGAGAAUCGUCUUGUUAUGCACUCUCUGACCUCUUUCGAAGGCAGUCAGCUGUCAAUGCCCUCCACCGAAUCAACGAAAUAUGGACCACUCUGUUUCGUGUUCGUGAUGACAUAAAGGAAUCUGUUAGAUUGGCUGCUGAGAAAACCUUGCAGAUACUGAGUAAAAGCUGCAUAAAGGUUUGUGAGGGCACUGGUGAAGAGAGCCAGAAAAUGCUUAAGGAAGUUCUUCCCACUCUCUUAACUUCUGGCAUUACAAGUUCAGUUGCUGAAGUCAGGAGUGUCAGCUUGCAAACGAUUUCCAAACUUUGUCGAUCAGGUGGUUCUUUAGUAAAGCCACACCUUGGUACCCUUGUCCCUGCAUUGUUGGAGGCUUUGUCUGGGUUAGAAUCUCAGGCUCUAAGUUAUACAUCUGUGAGACUGAAUGAUGAAGACAGAGAGAAGCUAGACAUGGCUAGAGUAUCUGCAGCCCGAAGUACACCCAUGAUGGAUACUUUGAAUUAUGUACUGCAGUUUGUUGAUGAGGAGUCCAUGGAGAAAUUAGUGAGUGGUUUGAUAGAUGUCCUGAAGAGCUCUGUUGGUCUUGCCAGUCGUGCAGGAGCAGCACAUGUUGUAGAGACUCUUACUCACACUUGUCCUCGUCCAUUGGAGAAAUAUACAGGAAAACUUUUGGCUGCUCUAGUAAACGGCCUUAGUGAUAGAAAUGCUGUAGUCAGAAAGGUAUAUGCUAAUGCUAUUGGUAACCUUGUGAAGACUGCUAAAGCAUCAAGUGUAGAAAAACUUCUCACCAAACUUCAGACCUGGUACUUGGAGAAAGAGGAAGAUAGUGUUAGAAUGAGUGGUGCCCUUACUAUGCGCAGCAUGCAUGCUCAGAAUAAUGACAUAAUGAAGCAGCAUGCUUGUCAGGCUAUGCCUCUUGCAUUCUUUGCCAUGCAUGCAGAAAAAACUCUAGAGGGUGAUUCUAAUGGUGCUGAAAUUUGGGAGGAAAUAUGGUCUGAUAAUACUCCAGGCACAGAGUCAGGAGUGAGGCUUUAUCUAACAGAAAUCAUUGCAAUAUGUGAACAAGCUUUGCAAAGCUCUACUUGGGCAAUGAAGGCUCAGGCAGGUAGGGCCCUCUCAACGGUCUCGGAAAAACUCGGAUCAAGCCUAAACGAUGCUUUAGUCCUCUCCUUAGUUACACUUCUUGUUAACAGCUUGCAGGGUAGAACAUGGAAUGGAAAAGAAUCUCUUGUGACAGCUCUCUCAAAUGUUUCUGUACAUACCAAGUCUCAUCUAAGUACCUUAAAGCAUCCAGAUAGGGAUGAACUUUUGGUUGAAGAAGUGGUGAAAGUUCUGACAAGAGAAGCAAGUAAAGAGAGAAUGGAAUACAAAAUCCAUGCUAUUAAAGCCCUUACCACCGUUCUGGAUACUUACCAGAUUGAUAGAUUUGAAGAAGUUUUUGACAUCUGCUUACCAUACUUGAGACAAGAUAAAGAAGACCAUGAGGAUGGUGAGGAGGAAGAGAGAAACAAGAAGGAGGAGUCCCUGCAUUGGGACCUCAUAGACGAAAUGGUGCAUUCCUUAGGCAGAGCCUGGCCAGCAAAGAAGGAGACACAAGAAAAAUACAGCGAACGUGUAGUGGAGAUGCUGAACAACAGUGUCUCGCGAGUGCCUCGUAAAACACAGCUAAGCAUUGUGGGAGCCCUGAAGCACUUCUGGGGGACUCACUUCCUCCUUAGUGAAUUGCCUUCUUCGCUGGGAUCUCCUCUCUUCGACCCUCUUCUUCAUCAUUCGUGCAGGAUUUUUAACUACUGCUUAGGUGUUGCCAAGUUUUACAGUCUGCGGAGAGAGUCCCUCGUUGUGUUGAAUGACUUCCUGGCAAAAGUGAAAGUGAGUGAAACACUUGUUGUGAAACUUCGUUUGGAGCUUUUGUCUGGAGUGGAAGAAGCACGUCGAGAUGCCCAACCAGAUGUGCAAGCAUUAGCUGCUUCAGCACACAAGAUACUCCUUAUGGAGAACAUAGGCAGCAAAUAGUGAUGUAGAAAAACUGGUUCUGUAGUUUGAGGACAAGAAACUGUCUGCUUUUCCAAUGUGUGUCUUGGACAUGUAAAUACAUGUGUGUGAGGUUUUCAUACAACAUCACCUAGUAAGUUUUUAAUUAACAAUAAAUUUGGUAUGUGUGUUGUCAGAGGACUUUUGUAACACUUGUAUGAAGAGAAUCAGUCUUGUUGUAAGUAGGUUAAAAGAAAAAAUAUAAAUCAUCUAAAACAUGCUAUUAUAUUAUUGUAUAACCUAAGCUUAUUAAAAGUGCUACAUAACUGAAUAUUUUGUCACCAUAAAAUAUGGAAAUUUAAUUCCGACCAGUGACAUAUUUUGUCAUCAUAGUCUAAAAGUUAAGAUUGUCAUUACCGGUAAUUAAGAUAUGUCAUUAGGAUGGAAGUGUAAUUAAGUUAAUAAAGGAUAGUAAUGUUA